AUGUGGUGCCCUGCAUGCCUGGGAAUGGUUGGAUGUGUUUUUCCGAGUGUGUCCAAGUGUUGGCGUACGGGUGUGUUUGCGGGGGUGCACCUGUGCGUGCAUGCGUGUGCGUGCUUGCACGCGCACACGUGGUGGGAAAGGAAGCUACCCGUGGGUUCGGGGAUGCAGGGCGUUUCCCCACCCCUUCAGACAUUCUUCUCCUCACAGAACCCAUCCUGGAGCAGCCUUGGGGGACCUGAGCGUCAAGAGAUGAGCUGUCUAGAAGAAGGAGAGAACACUUCAUGGUCAUCGCCGGCCAUGACCACAGGCUCAGAAAGAAGCCAUGAGAAACAGGGGGCCAAGGCCUCCAGGUGGACAAGGCAGGAGGCUGUGGCGGAAGGGGAGCUGCCGGGUCUGGGGGAAGACCCCCAGGCCAAGCCACCUGCUGAGUACGCUGGACUGGAGGCCACGUUCCCCAAGGCCACACACUUGUCCCAGGCUGCUCCUUUGGCCAAAGUGGGCGCCCCACCAACAGAGUGGGACAUCUUCCCCCCUAACCACGAAGCCUCGGCCGCUGGCUCCAGCACGGAUGAGCUAGAGCUGGACAUAGGGUUCCCGGCCACAGCAUCGUGGGGGUAUGAGCUCGGCCGGGUGGAAGAGAGGCCUGCCCUGUGCCCAUCCCCACGGGCCCUGUUACCCAGGCUGGGCUGGGACGACGAACUGCAGAAGCCGGGGGCCCAGAUCUACAUGCACUUCAUGCAGGAGCACACCUGCUACGACGCCAUGGCAACCAGUUCCAAGCUGGUCAUCUUCGACACCACGCUGGAGAUCAAGAAGGCCUUCUUUGCCCUAGUGGCCAACGGCAUCCGGGCGGCACCGCUGUGGGACAGCAAGAAGCAGAGCUUCGUGGGGAUGCUGACCAUCACAGACUUCAUCUUGGUGCUGCAUCGCUAUUACAGGUCCCCGCUGGUCCAGAUCUAUGAGAUUGAAGAACAUAAGAUUGAGACCUGGAGAGAGAUCUACCUUCAAGGCUGCUUCAAGCCUCUGGUCUCCAUUUCUCCCAGCAGCAGCCUGUUCGAAGCCGUCUACACCCUCAUCAAGAACCGGAUCCACCGUCUGCCGGUCCUGGACCCGGUCUCAGGCGCCGUGCUCCACAUCCUCACACACAAGCGACUGCUCAAGUUCCUGCACAUCUUUGGCUCCCUGCUGCCCCAGCCCUCCUUCCUCUCCCGCACCAUCCAAGAUCUGGGCAUCGGCACAUUCCGAGACUUGGCCGUGGUGCUGGACACGGCGCCCAUCCUGACGGCCCUGGACAUCUUUGUGGACCGGCGCGUGUCUGCGCUGCCUGUGGUCAACGAAGCUGGACAAGUCGUGGGCCUCUACUCCCGCUUCGAUGUGAUUCACCUGGCUGCCCAGCAAACCUACAACCACCUGGACAUGAGUGUGGGCGAAGCCCUGAAGCAGAGGACACUGUGUCUGGAAGGAGUCCUUUCCUGCCAGCCCCAUGAGAGCUUGGGGGAAGUCAUCGACCGGAUUGCCCGGGAGCAGGUACACCGGCUGGUGCUAGUGGACGAGACCCAGCAUCUCCUGGGCGUGGUGUCCCUCUCCGACAUCCUUCAGGCACUGGUGCUCAGCCCUGCUGGCAUCGAUGCCCUCGGUGCCUGAGAAUAUCUGAGUCCUCACUCCCAGGCCGUCUUCCACACGCAGAAGCCAACGAAGGGAGCCAGGGAACAUGGUCUCCAUCUUUCCCCACCCCAGUUUGCUGGUUUGGCUGUGGUUCAGGCUUCACCAGCCCUCUGUCAU